GCUGGAAGUGACGUGAGCGGGCGGGGUUGUCCAGCGCUGAUGGUGGAGGCCCCAUGUUGAUGUCCCCGGCGCUCGCCGCGUCUGUCUAGAUCAAUCAUGUCAUCCUUUCAAGAAGUGCCAUCUUCAGCUAACACUUUGCAGACUUCCAAUUUUGCACAUGUGAUUUUUCAAAAUGUUGCAAAAAGUUACCUUCCGAACACACACCUUGAAUGUCACUACACUCUGACCCAAUUUAUCCAUCCUCAUCAGAAAGACUGGGUUGGUAUUUUCAAGGUUGGUUGGAAUACUGCAAGAGAUUAUUAUACAUUUCUUUGGUCACCUAUGCCAGAAAAUUAUGUGGAAGGAUCAACUGUUAACUGCGUGCUGACCUUUCAAGGAUAUUAUCUACCAAAUGACGAUGGAGAAUUUUACCAGUUUUGUUACGUGACUCAUAAAGGAGAAAUCCGUGGAGCGAGCACACCUUUCCAGUUCCGUACCUCUUCCCCUGUUGAAGAAUUGCUAACUAUGGAGGAUGAAGGAAAUUCUGAUAUGUUAGUGGUGACCACAAAAGCUGGACUUCUUGAGUUUAAAAUUGAAAAAAUAAUAAAAGAAAAAGAAGAGCUAUUAAAGGUAACUUCCGUUCUGGAAAAGGAAACAGCAGAACUCAGAGAUCAAGUAGAAAGACUGGAAAAAGAACUUAACCAUGAAAAGCAAAGAUACGACCAACUGCAAACAGAGCAAAAGAAUAAUAUUCAAUCAUCAGAAGCUCUUAAAACUGAAAUUGAUGGUAUGAAGAAGAAGCAUGAUGAGGCUGCUUCAAAAGUUCUCCAGCUUGAGGAAGAUAUCAUGACUAUUACUCAAAAAGCCAUUGCAAAAGAAACUGAGUUAGACAGUCUGAAGCACAAACUGAAGAAAGUGAUGCUUGAGAAGGAGCAACUUGAAUGCGUGUUAAAGACAGAAAAGGAUGAAAAAGAACUUUAUAAGAUACACUUGAAGAAUACAGAAAUAGAAAACACCAAACUAGUAAAAGAAAUCCAGACGUUUAAGAAUUUGGAUGCAAACAAAGAAAGCAUGAUAUCGUAUUAUAAAGAGGAGGUUGACAAAUUACAGCUAGUCAUAGCUGAAAGAGAAAACAUGAAGAAAGCUUUUUUGCUCUCCUCACCCAACAAGGAGGAUGCAAGUAUUUUAAAAGAACAGCUUCGGAAAGCCGAAGAUCAAAUUCAGGCUAGCAAACAAGAAGCUGUCCUAAUGUCAAAAGAGCUGAGUGAUGCAGUAAACGUGCGAGAUAAGACGAUGGCAGAUCUUCACAGUGCACGCCUGGAAAAUGAAAAAUGCAAAAAGCAGCUUGCUGAUGCUUUAGCUGAACUUAAAAAAAUCACAGCUUUGAAAAAUGAUCAGGAAACUUCAAACACAGUGGAGCAGGAACUGCGCAGAGAAGUUGAAGAUCUGAAGCUUCGUCUGCAAAUGGCUGCUGAUCAUUACAAGGAAAAAUUCAAGGAAUGUCAAAAACUUCAAAAACAAGUAAACAAAUUUACAGAACAGGCAAAAAUUGCAGAGCAUCAACAGAAACUGACAAAUGCAUCUAACAUUGAGACAGCUACUGCGGUCGUUACAGACAAAAGGUUUUCUGCAACUCCAGUUAGCCCUAUUUCAUCUGACAUAGUUUCGGAAUUCGUCGUAAAGGAGCAAGUACGUGAAAUGAAUAAAGAAAUUGCUGAGAAAACAGAGAAGUAUAAGAAAUGCAAGCAGAUGUUGGCAGACGAGAAGAUGAAAUGCAGUGUUUACGCUGAUGAGCUAGCUAAACUGGAGCUGAAGUGGAAAGAACAAGUGAAAAUCAGUGAGGGUAUAAAAUUACAGCUGGCAGCAAUGGAAGAUCAGUAUAAAGUUCAGCUGGCAGAAAAAGAGAGACGAAUAAAGGAACUGGCAUCGCAGUUGGAACUCUUUACCAGUGAGAAGCAACUCGGUAGGACACCAGGAAAUCAAGCUGGAAGGAUGAUGGAAGGGCAGAUUUCACAACAGACAUUACAUUUUCGCAACCCAUAUUCAGAGGAAAAUGGACCGGCUCCUGCAGUGCCAAGUAGACUGCCAGUAUUGCAAUAUGGAAACCCCUAUGCAAUUCAGGAGAGAAGAGAUGGAGCAGAUGGUGCUUUCAAUCCUGAUGAGAUCCAAAGACCACCUGUUAGAACUUCCUUUUGGGAGCUAGAAGACGAUGUAGUGUGUAGUCAGCCUUCACGCAAUCUUAGUCGGCCUGAUGGUUUGGAAGAUCCUGAGGAUAGCAAUGAUGAUGACAACAAUGCCCCUUCUGCUCCUGAUCCCCCAAGUCUCCUCUUGCAUGAACGGGGAGCGGGUUUCUGCUUUGAUUCCAGCUUUGACGUCCACAAGAAGUGCCCUCUCUGUGAUGUGAUGUUUCCACCCAACUAUGAUCAGAGCAAGUUUGAGGAACACGUGGAGAGCCACUGGAAGGUGUGCCCCAUGUGCAGCGAGCAGUUCCCACCCGACUAUGACCAGCAGGGCUUCGAGCGGCACGUCCAGACGCACUUUGAUCAGAACGUACUGAAUUUUGACUAAAUACUCGUGUUUUGCGGUGUAGCUUUAACAUCCCCCCCCUCUUCACCCCACCCCCACCCCGAGUAGUCCAUCGAUGGAGCAAAACCAGUGCAGCUUUUCUGUAACAGGGUAAACUUCUGAGUCAAAGCAGAUACACUCUAAGGGGAGCUGGGAUAGAUGGGGGCUGUGAGCUGCUGUUGGGGUAUCUUCUCUCUCUACCUAACAUGAUACUAAAAACUCCACAACCCCCCACCAUGUUGUGACUGUAGCUAUUUAUUCCCCUAUUUAGCAGAGUUUGCAAGGACAUGGGAAUGAUUUAGCCUCAGAGAAGACAAGACUGGCUUCAUGAUGCUCUUCAGCUCCUUAAAAUAAAGUCACUGAACCAACCGUGGUUUCUCUUGGUGAAUGAAGCACGAUUAAAAUGGAAUUAACAGGUGUUUCUCCUAGCAAACCCAUGUAGUUUUAUUUUGAGUAACAGUUAAAUUGGAAAGUUCCAUGACUUACCCUACCAAAAUACAGUUUUCUAGUAUGUUUCUGAAGCAUAGGCGCAUGUACUCUGAGGUAACAUGCUUGCAGCAAAAGGAAUGGCAAAUACUUCAGGUUUAUGUAUAGAAUGUUUGCCCUAAGGGACAGCGUUCAGUUAAGUUGUACCUUAAGGCAGUAUUUUUGAGUUGGAAGAAACCAGCUGUGCUUAAAUGCCUACAAGUAAUUGUUUAAUAAAAGUCAUCACUGUUCCAGUGCAACUGCUGUCAGUAGGAAAUACCGUUCCAUUGUCACCAGUGACUUGUGUUCCUUUUGGCUUAGGGCUUUCAAACCCUCCUGCAUUUUAACUUCAUGUAUUUCUUUGCAGGAAGUAAACCCCUGUGUGUAUAUCUCAACAUUUUAUAUUUACUUUAACUGUAUUAAGUAAAUUUGCUUUCCACUUGUUGUACAGUAGUCUCGUUACAUUAAAAGCAAAAUUAAUUCAUGGA